UAAAACAUGAUUGCAUCAUUUCGAAUUAUGAUGUAAUUAUUUAAUUCUGCUGAAGAUUUUAUUGGUUAAUGGAAACACUACAUUAUAUAAGCGGGGUAGAAUACCAAAACAUUGAUAUUUGCAUUUGACAUUCUUUAACGGCACAUCAUUCUCAGUUAUAUGUCACUGACACACGCAGUUAUGUACAUUCAAAGAAUUCUUACGUUCUUUUGUUCUGUGGUUUUAUCAUUGCAAGCGAAACCCGACGACUGUAUCCGUGGGAAGCAGUACCUUAGUACAACUCUCGUAGAAAGUGGUGAGUGCGUCGAAUGCCCACCAAAUUGGAAAACCUGUUACGACCAGCCGUAUGAAGAUCAAAAGCGCUGUGCUGACUGGUGCCGUCGUGUACCAGACAAAUCCUCCAGUACGGAAAGUACAAGUCCACUUUCGGCAGAAACAUCAACGGAAGUACCCAAAAUAACUGGUAAAUUUCCAAAAGCCACCCUCUCUCCUACCGCGACACCCUUGGUGGGGUACCCUUCUGUUGUACCCAAAGGUGAAGUGAACGAGGAUGAACCUGACAGUAAUGAUAUUACUGCUAAAAGUUCUCGCGCACCAGCAUGGCUUUAUAUCGUUGUGUCGGUUACUUCUCUAUGCGCGAUCACGUCCGUGAUUUCCCUGGUGUUAUUGCUACGAGCGCGGAAGAGAUCUAAAAUACGGAAUCGAGGCGAAGUUGGAGGAGAUGAAAGAGAGGAGGAAUUUCCUUUACACGAGAUUCCACCUGAAAACGAUGCGGAAGGACAACGUUUACAACCAAACGACGAAGAAGACCAGCGUUUACCAGCAAAUGCUGAUGAGGAACAAGGACUUCUACAGCCCGAUAAUGGCGGAGAGCAGAAUCCACGAAGGCAGAAUCACGAGGAACUGGGUUUGCAGCCGACUGAAAGGUAUUUACACUGGCCUAAUCCCGAUGUUGAGGAAUAUGUGGCACGUCAGGAAACCCAGCCUCCUGUUCAGUGCUGUACUUCAUCUAGGCCUACUUCAACGAUAUCAGGAAGUCAAGAGGAAGGGAAUUCAUCAUCUCUGAACAUACAGGCUGAAGUUGAAAAUUAGGACGAUCCAUUGGAGAUACACUACUUUAUUUUUGCUGUACAUAUUUUGUAUAUUUAGGGGGGGUUAGAUUUAUAUUAAUUAAAU